AUAUAAACCAAUUCAGUGCAACAAUGUUCCAAAACGCAAAUAAUGGAAGUAACUUUGUUGUAUAGUACUUCACUCUCUAUUUUGUUUGUGCUUCUACUUGUUAAACUUGUUUCAUCAAAACGAAGAAAACUGAAUCUACCACCAAGCCCAUUGCUUAAACUUCCAAUAUUAGGCCAUCUCUAUCUCCUUAAACCACCUCUAUAUCGCACUCUUGCUAAUCUCUCAACAAAAUAUGGCCCUGUUUUCUCUCUUCAAUUAGGUACCCGUCUUGUUGUAGCAAUUUCCUCACCAUCUGCUGCCGAAGAAUGUUUCACCAAAAAUGAUAUCGUUUUUGCUAAUCGCCCUCGGACAAUGACUGCAAAAUUCAUAGGCUAUAACUCUACUACUGUCGUUGGUUCUCCUUAUGGUGAUCACUGGCGCUAUCUUCGCCGCCUCUACGCACUUGAAAUAUUCUCCACUAAUCGUCUCAACAAUUUUCAGUCCACUAGACAAGAUGAGAUCAGACUUUUAGUUCAAAGAGUGUUUCACAAAUCUGGAGACAAUUUUGUGACUCCUGUUGAGCUUAAGUCCAAGCUUUUUCAGAUGUCGUAUAAUAUUAUCAUGAGAAUGGUAGCUGGAAAAAGAUAUUACGGUGAAGAGAUAGAUAACGAGGAGGCAAAUCAUUUUCGGGUGCUUGUAGAAGAGGUUAUUUCGUUUGGGGGUGUAUCAAAUGCCGCGGAUUUCAUGCCUGCAAUAUUUCUGUUGUUUUUCAGGAGUACGGAGAAAAAAAUAGCAAAGCUUGGUAAUAAGAUGGACAAGCUCUUGCAAGGUUUGGUUGAUGAACAUCGCCGCGAUAAAAGCAGGAAUACUAUGAUUGAUCAUUUGCUUUCUUUGCAAGAAUCAGAACCAGAGUAUUACACUGACCAGAUCAUCAAAGGGAUUGUUUUGGUCAUGCUGAAUGCGGGGACUGAAACAUCAUCUGUGACAAUAGAAUGGGCGAUGUCUCUUCUACUGAACCAUCCAGAGGUGUUGGAGAAGGCCAGAAAUGAAAUAGACAACCAUGUGGGUAAGGAUCGUUUGAUGGAUGAAGCGGAUUUACCCAAGCUGAAAUACCUUCAAAGUAUUAUCUCCGAGACACUACGAUUGUUCCCAGCAGCACCAUUGCUAGUGCCUCAUGAGUCAUCUGAGGAUUGCAAGGUCGCUGGCUUCCACAUUCCACGAGGCACGAUGCUACUGGUGAAUGCUUGGUCCAUCCACAGGGAUCCUUUACUUUGGGAGGAUCCAGAGAGCUUCAAGCCAGAAAGGUUUUAUGGUGUGGAAGUGGAAUCAUGGAAGUUAUUGCCUUUUGGAAUGGGAAGGAGAGCUUGCCCUGGCUCCGGACUUGCUCAACGUGUGGUUGGUUUAGCUUUAGGAACUUUAGUGCAGUGUUUUGAAUGGAAAAGGGUAAGCGAUGAGAAGGUCGAUUUGACAGAAGGAAAAGGUCUCACUAUGCCAAAAGCUGAGCCACUCAUGGCUAGAUGCAAAGCUCGUGAAAUUGUUCACAAAGUUCUUUCGGAAACAUCCUAAUGUUUUUCUUGCAUGUUGUUAGUUUAGAAAGGUUUGAAUAAGUCAUGUAUCAUGUAUCUUCAUUGUGUCAUAUACUAUGCAAUAUCUGAGUUUCUGAUUUAUCAUUCAGAUACUUUGGUAUAAUAUACAUACGAGGUGCUACGGAUUUAAUGGAUUCAAUUGAAA